AUGGCUACGUCUAUAAUCAAAUUGCACACUUUCUCCGGGGCCGGGGACAACCAGCCUCCUUGCUUUCUUCUCCAAGUUGACGAUUUCUAUUGCCUUCUUGAUUGCGGUUGCCUGGAGGACAAUCCUCCCUCAUUUUUAAAGGAACUAUCAAAAUGGGUGAAAAUGAUCGACGCGGUUUUAAUAACCCACCCAAGUAUGCGCCAUCUGGGCCUUCUGCCUGUGUUGGUGGGAAAAUAUGGUCUGAAAUGUCCAAUUUACACCACCACACCCGUUUACAAACUCGGUCAACUCGUGUUGUAUGACGCAUACCAAUCGCGGUACGUUUCCGGGGAGUCCUCUUCCUUUUCUUUGGACGAUAUUGAUGCUGCCUUUGAACUCAUUGUUCAAGUUAAGUACCAGCAGACAAUUAAUCUUCAAGGAAGAGGUCAUGGACUUAGUGUCACGCCACUUCCCUCCGGCCAUAUGCUCGGAGGAACAAUAUGGAAGCUCAUAAAGGACGAAACGGACAUAAUUUACGCGAUUGACUUCAAUCACAAGAAGGGUAGGCACUUGAACGGUGCAACAUUUGAUGCAUGCAUACGCCCCCGUCUCCUGAUAAUUGACGUAUCGAAUGCCCUCUAUGCUCAAGACUCUGGAUUUAUGGCGUACGGAUUAGCUAUGCUGACCCACGUUGCCUAUAACGUAUUCGAUGCUUCCAAGUCACUUGUGGAGUGGAUGUCUGACAAAAUAGUGCGAACGUUCGAGGAUCAACGCAGUAAUCCAUUCCACUUGCGACACUUACAGCUUUGUCAUACCCUUGACGAACUUGACUUUGUCCCUGAGCCGAAGGUUAUUCUCGCCUCCGAAGCGGACCUUCGCAGUGGUUUUUCCCGACUCCUUUUCACCGAGUGGGCUGACUCUGAUCUAAAUACUGUCAUUGUGACAUCGCGCAACGGUGAUUUUCGUCAGGCCGAAGAUCUUUCCGAGUUCUUUUCCCCUGUAGGACCAGGCCUCAGUUUGGGCCGUCGCCUCAUUGGCCUAGCCAAUAAUGAACCCUGGGCUCGCGUCGGCGUGCCAACCGGUGCUAAUGGUGCCUUGAUGUUGCCUUUUACCUUCUCCCAAAGAGUCGUCGUGGAAUGCCCACCUGAAGCUACGGCCCCUGAACCAGCCUCCUCGUUGAAUGACUCCAGUCUCGGCAUUUUAAGUGGUGGUACAAAGAAAACCUCAGUGACUAGUCCCGCAGCAACGUCUGUCAGCAACCCCAGAACACCAGCAUUUAGUCGUUCCCGACGGAUUUCCUCUUUGGGAGGUGACGAUCAAAUCUACAAAGAUUUGAACAGUCUGGAUAAUGUUGCAGACGAUGACGACGCAGACAAUGAUGAAGACGAAGAUAUCGAUCAAAUUGACCGCCGUAGACAUCUGAGUUCGACUUCGGCUCUCGGUUUGGAAAAUGCAGGUCACGUGGCACCUUCAGCCACAGCCUACCAACCUUAUGAGUUAUUCUCGGCAUCUAAUCCUGCCCUCACCCACGGUCGGCACCAGGCGGGCUAUGACAUUUUCCCUGGCGCCUAUAAUCACUCCGGUGGUCAGUUCUUCCGGAUGACGAAGCGAACCCAGCUGGUGUUUCCGACAGUCGAAAAAACGGUUUCUUGGGAUGAGUAUGGUGAACGUGUAGAUCCAGCUGUUUACAAAAUGUCUGCUGAGCCAUUUGAUAUGUCGACUGCGGCGGAUAAACGAGUGAAACAGCCUCCAAGAGCAGACAUUUCUCGCUUGCUGACCGAAUCAGCUAUGGAUAUAUCGAAGAGCAAUGAUCUCCCCGGUCAACCGGCACAGUUUGAUAUAGUUUCGGCUAGUCAAGACCAACUGCUUGAUCUUCUCGUCCUCCAGAACUCCGCCUCCCUCAUGUCGGAGACUAACCUGCCGAGUAAUUUUACUACUAAAUGUGUUGUGCAGAAACUGGAAUUGCCCAUCCGUUGUGAGAUCAGCUUUAUCGACUACGAGAGUCGUUCGGAUGGGGAAGCCCUGAAAAAAAUUAUCACUGGUCUGCGGCCGCAAGAGGUAAUCCUGGUCGGUGGAACGAACAAGGCGAUAAACCACAUGGCUGAACACUGUCAGACGGUUUUAAUGCUGAAGAGCGAUCUUAUCCACGUUCCGCAGGGUUUGGACGUCGUAAAUUGCACCAAAGAGGGCGAUAUCUACCAGGUAAAAUACGACAUUGUCUGCUUAUUUUUACUUGCUUCCUUUCGGGUUGCCCUUUUUUCUCCUACUCUUGUUCUUUGA